UAGAAGAAGACGCUCACGUCUCUGAACGUAAACACCGGUAGACACGUGUUUAGCAGGAUUAGCUUCGAGCUAGCGGACACCAACCUGCCUCCAGCUCAUCUGACCCACGCUGACGUCUCUUGUCCUUUUGGUCCCACAUUCUUGAGGACUGGUCUGUCAAAAUCUAAAGAGCAAGUAUGAGCAGCCUGGAUCCGGACCAGCAUCUCCAGCUCGGUUGCCGUGACAAAACAACAGUCUCCAGCGAUUCAUCAGACACUCAUGAGCCGGCCAAGCCGCCUCUCCACGGUCUAAAAUUGGCUUCACACGCAGUGCUGGAGAAAGCUCAGCAGAGGGGCAGGUUGAAAUGCUCUAAAUGUGGAGGAUCAAGGAUGUUUUUCUGCUACACAUGCUGCUCGUUACUGGGUGUCAGCCUGCAAGAAAUCCCCUCAAUCAAGCUUCCAGUGAAGAUAGACAUCAUCAAGCAUCCAAAUGAGACAGAUGGCAAGAGCACAGCGAUCCACGCCAAGAUCCUCGCACAGAGCGACGUCACCAUAUACACGUACCCCUGCAUACCUGAGUAUGAAAAGGACAAGGUGGUGCUGGUGUUCCCUGGUCCAGGGGCUGUCUCGGUCCAAGACAUGAUGCAGUGUUUGCGUGACAGGUCUGACAGCAGGUCACAUGACCCCUAUGAACCCUGCAUCAAGAGGCUGAAAAGUGAGGAAGUUCAAGGCGCCACACACGCUGCGGAGAGCGCGGGGACCCCAGACGAAGCAGAGGGCUCCGAGUCACGGGUGUAUCCCCUACAGAGGGUGGUCUUCAUUGACAGCACAUGGAACCAGACCAACAAGAUCUGCACCGAUGAGAGACUGCAAGAUUUGCUCCAGGUCGAGCUCAGGGCGAGGAAAACAUGUUUCUGGCGCCAUCAGAAGGGCAAACCAGACACCUACCUGUCUACUAUUGAGGCUAUUUAUUAUUUCCUCAAAGACUUCCACGAGCACUGCGUUGCUCGGGAGUAUAAAGGAGAAUAUGACAACCUUCUGUUCUUCUACUCCUACUUGCACUCAGUCGUCAACAAAGCCAAGAUUUCUGCUGGAAAGUGCUGAUGAACGCUGGGAAGAAAAACUGGAAUGAGCUACAGGUCAUCCGUCAGGAGGAGACUCGCAUGCAAGCUCCAGCCUGUGUGGCUGAGUGAUCUUUCAUUUUGUAAAGGAAACUGAGGCACUAUUUGUUUAACUAUAUGCAAUAAAGCAGUUUUUUGUUUAGUUA